CGUAAAAUAUCUCUAAUUUUUAACAAAGCCAUUUAGGUCGGUCAAAAUAAGACAAAGCUAAGCUAAGCGCCUCUGAUGUAGAUGACCAAUUUGGUCACCAGUUUUGACGUAUUUUAACCAUAUCGCUUGCGUAGUAAAAAAAAAUUAACAGAUAGUUCAUACUACGUUUGCGUCAAUUCAUUUAAUAGUUCCGCAGAUGAAAGCUCGUUGUCUUAGUUAGACAGAAAUGUCGACUAAUCAUUUCAUUGAAAAGGACAUCCCGCAAAUCAAAUCGGCUUUCAAAGCAUAUGAUCGAGACAGGACUGGUUGUCUGAGUGUAGAGAAUGUGGCGGAAGUACUGGCCCUGUUGGGAAUCGUACCAGACAGGCCAAGGAUCAGAGACCUCAUGGACACCUUGGACACCAACGGAAAUGGAUUGAUAGAGGAGGAAGAGUUUGUUCGCUACAUCCUCAGCAGGUCCAAGGAUGACUUCGGAAAAGACAUGUUCUCCGCGCUCUUAUCCGCAUUCGAGUGGUUUGAUCUAGACAGAAACGGAUUUAUUGACAAAAACGAAAUGAGACAGAUUUUGGGUAAACUUGGCAACCGGAUGAGUGAAGACGAAAUUGAUAAAUUUUUCUCGCUUUUGGACGAAAAUAAAGACGGUCAAAUUUCAAUAGAAGAAAUGCUGAAUGGUUUCCAGUCCAAAGUACUCGCUGUAACAAAACCAGUGGCCAAGAAAUCAUCAAGCUCCAGAAACUCAAAUAAAAACUGAAUUCCUUGUGAUAACGGAACUCUAAAUCAGCUUAAUUAUGUCGACUUGGUUUCUGAUAUAAUCAGGGUGGCGAUGUUUUGAAACAGGGAUCAAUUGAGCAAUCCCCCCCCCCCCCAUUUUCGCGGG